AUGGUGCGAAGGAGUGGAGGGGAGAUAGGGCCCCGUAUUUGCAUAGGGGAGUCGAUGACCAGCUAUUACUUUUUAAUGUCCUCCUUUGUUGAUUUACUUUGUAUUACGUCACACGAUUUGUUGAAUGUAUUACGUUCUUCUGUUGCUCGGUGUAGACAAUUCGUGGAGUCUGAGUGUUUUAAAAGAAUAGCGUAUUCGGGUAUCGAAUUUAAUACGAAGCAGAAUUUGUCUAAAAGCGAGUCGAUUAUGAUCUCACCGUAUGAGCCUGUUGAAGGCGAACAAAAGCCGAGGCAGGAUUGCCUUAAAUCGGGACCUCUCGUCGCGUGCUCCGGCGCAUGCAUUAUUCCCGGUUCCCUUAGAAUCACGCUCCCCUCUCCCGAAUCCCUUUGUGAGCUCCCCUCGUUUUAG